AUGACCGCACCAGGUGUUGACGAUUCUGCGAUGGAUGUCGAUAAAACCUCCGCUCCAGCGCCACGCAAAUUCAAGGCCUCGGACCUCCCAUUGCCUUCAGCGACGAGAGCGGCGAUAGAAUCACUUGCGCAUAGCUUCAAGAAGGAGGGCGCCUACGAUUCUAUUCGAAAGCAAGUUUGGGAUAAAUUCGAAGCUAGUGAUUACGAGGCUCAAGUCACAAAGUCGAUUCUCGAAGUGGCCGAACAGGAGAUCGAACGCAACCCGCAGCAACUCCUUACACUCGACCGCCGAAAGGCUGCGGCCCUUAUUGAUGGCGCCCUAGAGAGAUCUGGGGUCUACCAAAAGGCUGAAGAUGUCAUCGGUCAGUUAAUCGACGUCGGUGCUAUAGAAGAGCGCAUCCGCGAAACACGCCGGGCAGAAAUUGGCGAGGAAGCAGCCGAGGCGGAAAGGUUGCAAGGAGCCAAAACCGAUGAAGAGUACGAGGCCGAAGGAGAGGCUCGACGAGCAGAACGCGAACGUGUGCGAGAAGAGCUGCGACAGAAAGAAGCUGCAAUUGAGGAGGAAAAGCGACGAAUUUUGAAGGAGGAACGAAAGAAGGAGGAGCGAGAACGUGAGAAAGCCGAGCUCAAACGCCAGGAAGAGCGAGAUGAGCGUCGUAGAAAACGUGAGCAAGAACGCGAGGAACGUGAGAGACUUCGAGAUAUCGAAAGGGAGAAGCGACACAAGGAUCGUGACCGUGAUCGGGACAGGGAUCGUAGCCGCAACACACGAGACCGGAGCAGAGGUCACGAUCGAGAUAGAAACCGAGAUCGCCAUCGUGAUGACGACCGACACAGGGAUGACCGCCACAAGGAGAAGCUGGCUGUUUCUGCAGAGUUGAAGGAGAAGCUCUCCAAGGAGGAACACGAACGACUGGAACAGGAGGCGUUAGCCGACUUGCUCCGCGAAAGCUCUAAACCAUCUCAAAAGCAGGAGUUGGAGGUCGACGCUGCUUUGGCGCCACCACCACGAAAGACGGGGCCCGUAUCGGCCAUCAAUCCUAUUCGACGAGAACGUUCCUCGGUUGCCGAGGGCCGCAAGGCAAGCGAUGCAGGUGUCAAGGCGGAACGAGCUGGCUCUGAAGCACCCUCCCAAGCAAAGAAGCCUAGUGUGGAUGAAAACAAGCCAGGCCGAAGUACUUCACGGGCGCUGGAUCGUGAAGGAGAUCGUGAACGCCCACGGGAGCGAGACAACCGUCGUGACCGACGCUCAAACUCUCCACGCAGAGGCCAUAGUGGGUCUCGUGUUCGAGAUAGACGUGAUCGAAGCCGCUCCCGAGUCAGACAGGAUAGAGCACGCUCACGGACUGGUACCGGUAGAGACGAACGUGCGGUUAGAAGCCGCUCUCGUCCCAAAUACGAUCACUACGAGCGAAGCAGAUCUCGGAGACGCGAACGCAGUCGUUCCCGACCUAGAGUGGCUGAUCGACGUGAGAGAAGUAGAUCGAGAGUCAGGACAGACAGAAGGGACCGAAGCCGAGACAGAAGAGAUCGCUCACGCUCGCGCCUGCGCACUGAUAGACGGGAUAGAACCCGCUCUCGCACUCGACGUGACCGAAGUCGUACUCGCGAUAACCGGCUUGGUGGAGCUGAUCACUACGAUCCACGAGAAAGAGAUCGGGAUAGAGACCGCCCCCGAGAUCGUGAGAGGAACGAAAGAUCUCCCCCACGACGACGAAGCCGAGAAAGGGCUCGGGACGAUCGUGCCCAGGAAAAGCCACGAGAAAAGGAACCCGACAAAGCCCCCGAGAAGGAACGCGAGAAGGAAAAGGAGAAACCAUCUGACCGCCGAAGUCCUUCUCGAACCACAGCAUCUGCUGCGCGACCUAGUUCUAGCAAGGCUCAGGAUGAGCUUGAAGAGUGGAAACAGGAAGAGGUCAAGAAGCGGGAGAAGGAGGCUAAGGCAUAUUUGGCGGCUCAGAAGGACGCCAGAAACAAAGGCCUACCAAUCCCUGGACUCGACGACAAAAAGAGUAGUGGCGAGAUUUCCCCUGACUUGCGCCGCCGUCGAGUCAACGACGACAUUGAUAGGUACAUGCCUGGAGGCCGCGAGGAGCGCAGAGCUAGUCGAACUAGGAGUCGUAGCCGUCAGCGCGAAGUACCUAAGGAUCGGGAUCGUGAACGGGACAGAGGAGAUAGAGACAGAGAUAGGGACCGUGAUAAGUUGAGAGGUGGAGACAGCUAUCGCGAGCGGGACAGAGACAAUAGAGAUCGCGAUAGAGAGAGGGACAGAGAUCGCAGAGGCGGAGAUCGAGAACGUUCUCGAGAACGCGAACGAGAUAGGGACCGUCGUGAUCGCGAUAGAGACCGUGAUAGAGACCGUGAUAGAGACCGAGAGAGGGACAGAUCCAGAGAUAGGAGAAACAGACGGGACCGAAGCUUGUCUCCUAGGCGGGAGCGACGGGAUCGUAGCAGGGACCGUCGCUGA